CCGGCUGUGCUGGGGAGCCCGGGUCUGGCGGAGUUGGCUCGAGCUGUUGCCAUGACAAGCAUUUUCUUAAGCUAGCUCCGCUGUUGAGCCGGUCCAAAGCUGGGGGCUGCAGGGGAAAGGAGGGAGCGAACUUUCUGGGGAACCACCUCUCGGAGAAGAGCACGACCAGAGACAACGGCCCAGCUCCCCUGCGCCCAUUUUCUUCCAGGAACCCGAGCGCUCCUUCCCGCUAGGAGGGCUGGGGGUAGAGACCCAGGCCGAAGCUGGGAGGCACAGUCCAGCCAGCAUCGCCAGCGAACUUGCCACCUUGGGGAGGCCUUUGGGUGGUCACUCCCAGCCUGCCCCCAGCCCAUGGAAAGCCGAAGGGAGAGUCCCGUUUGGAGCACUCUGGAUCUUUGCUAGAAAGAAAGAGAUCCAGUUGCCAUCAGUAUCUCCUCCUCUUCUGCUGAGUCUCCACCACCACAGUUGCUGGUUGUUGCCAAGGUUGCCUCCAUGGUAACGUGCACAUCCUGUUUACACUUCCAUUUGGGCAAGUUGGUCUAAGCUAGGAACCUAUCUACUGUGGACAACACUUCCAUCACCACUUGAAGACACCAAUCAUCCAGUCAUUGUGACACGUGGUCCAGUUUCGACUCAGUUCCCCCAUCCUCUUCCUCCUCUUGCUGCCAGGCUUCAAACACCAAAAGGACCUGGGCUUGAGGCUGCUGCUGCUGUGAACUUGAUUAAGCAAGAUACUAGUCAAUUGAUUUCUUCUCAGCCCCCCCCAGAGACAGAAGAGGUGGAUCAGAGAGGCAGUAGACGUUGACCAGUUGAAGGAAGGCUCCACCUUUUCUGUGGCUGGGGGACUUGGUUCCAGCAGACAAAAUGACGAACCCAUCAGAGCACGCCUCGUCGGCCAACACCAUGGCCGAGAGCCGGGAGGGGGAGUACGGCUGCACCUUGAUGGAACUGAGGAAGCUGAUGGAGCUGCGUUCAUCGGAUGCCCUGAACCAGAUCAAUGUCCACUAUGGGGGUCUGAUGAAUCUCUGCAACCAACUGAAAACCAACCCUGUGGAAGGCCUCUCUGGGAACCCCGCAGACCUGGAGAAACGUCGGCAAGCUUUUGGACAAAACAUGAUCCCCCCCAAACGGCCCAAGACAUUCUUAGAAUUAGUUUGGGAAGCCCUUCAAGAUGUCACCCUCAUCAUCCUGGAGAUUGCAGCCAUCGUGUCCCUCGUCCUGUCUUUCUACCGUCCUCCGGAGAUGGGAGAUAGAAAGUGUGAUAUAAACAUGGCUGCCAGUGAAGACGAAGGGGAGGCCGAAGCCGGCUGGAUUGAGGGGGCAGCCAUCCUCUUCUCAGUGAUCAUCGUGGUGCUAGUGACCGCCUUCAAUGACUGGAGCAAAGAGAAGCAGUUCCGGGGGCUACAGAACCGCAUUGAGAAGGAGCAGAAGUUCUCCAUUAUCCGCAAUGGCCAAACCAUCCAGCUGCCCGUGGCGGAGAUCGUGGUGGGGGACAUUGCCCAGAUCAAAUAUGGUGACCUGCUGCCCGCAGAUGGGAUUCUGAUCCAGGGCAAUGAUCUCAAGAUUGAUGAGAGCUCUCUGACUGGGGAAUCGGACCAUGUCAAGAAAUCCCUGGAAAAUGACCCCAUGUUACUUUCAGGGACCCAUGUCAUGGAAGGAUCUGGUCGCAUGUUGGUGACUGCUGUGGGUAUCAACUCCCAGACUGGAAUCAUCUUUACUCUCUUGGGAGCCAAUGAGGAAGAAGAGGAGGAAAAGAAGAAGAAAAGUAAAAAACAAGGAGCCCCUGAAAAUCGCAACAAAGCAAAUGCUCAGGAUGGAGUGGCCCUGGAAAUCCAGCCACUCAACAGCCAGGAGGCACUUGACAAUGAGGAAAAGGAGAAGAAGGCCCCCAAAAUGCCCAAGAAGGAGAAGUCGGUGCUGCAGGGCAAGCUGACACACUUGGCUGUUCAGAUCGGGAAAGCCGGUCUGGUCAUGUCUGCCAUCACAGUCCUCGUCCUGAUUCUGUUCUUUGUGAUCGACAACUUUGCGGUACAACGCAAACCGUGGCUAGCUGAGUGCACGCCAAUCUACAUCCAGUACUUUGUCAAGUUCUUCAUCAUUGGGGUCACUGUACUAGUGGUUGCUGUGCCAGAGGGGCUGCCACUGGCAGUCACCAUCUCACUGGCCUACUCUGUAAAGAAAAUGAUGAAAGACAAUAACCUGGUACGGCACUUGGAUGCUUGUGAAACGAUGGGCAAUGCCACCGCCAUUUGCUCCGACAAGACGGGCACACUGACCAUGAACCGUAUGACUGUGGUGCAGGUUUUUAUCGGAGAAACCCAUUACCGCCAAAUCCCAAGCCCUGAUGUCAUUUUGCCUGAGGUCCUUGAGCUUCUUGUCAAUGGCAUUUGUAUCAACAGCGCCUACACCUCCAAGAUCCUGCCUCCGGAGAAGGAGGGUGGCCUGCCACGCCAGGUGGGCAACAAGACCGAGUGCGGCCUGCUGGGCUUCGUCACCGACCUGAAGCAUGACUACGACGCUGUGCGCAGUGAGAUGCCCGAGGAGAAGCUCUACAAGGUCUACACCUUCAACUCCGUGCGCAAGUCCAUGAGCACCGUCAUCCAGAAGCCUGGCGGCGGCUUCCGCAUGUACAGCAAAGGCGCCUCCGAGCUCAUCCUGCGCAAGUGUAAUCACAUCCUGGACAAGCAAGGGGUGGCAGUGCCAUUCAAGAGUGUGGACCGAGAUGACAUGGUCCAGAAAGUCAUCGAGCCCAUGGCCAGCGAGGGCCUACGCACUAUCUGCCUUGCCUACCGGGAUUUUGAUAAUGAAGAGCCGCAGUGGGACAAUGAGAACGACAUCCUCCACGAGCUAACCUGCAUCGCGGUGGUGGGCAUUGAGGACCCUGUGCGUCCAGAGGUCCCAGAGGCCAUUAACAAAUGCAAACGUGCUGGCAUCACUGUCAGAAUGGUGACAGGUGACAACAUCAACACCGCUAGGGCCAUCGCCACCAAGUGUGGUAUUCUGACUGCCGGGGAAGAUUUCCUGUGCUUGGAAGGCAAAGAGUUCAACCGGCGCAUCCGCAACGAGAAGGGCGAGGUACAACAAGAAAAGCUGGAUGAAAUCUGGCCGAAGCUCCGGGUCCUGGCACGGUCCUCCCCCACUGACAAGCACACGCUGGUGAAAGGCAUCAUUGACAGCACCGUUGGGGACCAGCGUCAGGUGGUGGCUGUCACUGGUGACGGCACUAAUGACGGGCCAGCUCUGAAGAAAGCAGAUGUUGGUUUUGCUAUGGGGAUUGCGGGCACAGAUGUGGCCAAGGAGGCAUCAGACAUCAUCCUAACGGAUGACAAUUUCACCAGCAUCGUGAAGGCAGUGAUGUGGGGACGGAACGUCUAUGACAGCAUCUCCAAGUUCCUGCAGUUCCAGCUCACUGUCAACGUGGUAGCCGUGAUUGUGGCAUUCACAGGGGCCUGCAUCACUCAGGAUUCCCCUUUAAAAGCUGUGCAGAUGUUGUGGGUUAACCUGAUCAUGGACACAUUCGCCUCGCUGGCUCUGGCCACAGAGCCUCCUACAGACUCUCUGUUGAAGCGCCGUCCUUAUGGCCGAAACAAGCCUCUGAUCUCACGCACUAUGAUGAAGAACAUCCUGGGCCAUGCAGUCUAUCAGCUCACUGUCAUCUUCAGCCUCGUCUUUGCUGGUGAGAAGAUCUUUGACAUCGACAGUGGCAGGAAGGCCCCUCUGCAUGCACCGCCCAGCCAGCACUAUACCAUCAUCUUCAACACCUUCGUGCUGAUGCAGCUCUUCAAUGAAGUCAACUCCCGAAAGAUCCAUGGGGAGAGGAAUGUCUUCGGGGGCAUCUUCCGCAACCUCAUCUUCUGCUCUGUGGUCCUGGGCACAUUCAUCACACAGAUUUUUAUUGUGGAAUUUGGGGGGAAACCCUUUAGUUGCACGAAACUCAGCCUGUCCCAGUGGCUGUGGUGCCUCUUCAUCGGUAUUGGAGAACUGCUAUGGGGCCAGCUCAUCUCCAUGAUACCUACCAAAUCGCUGAAGUUCCUGAAGGAGGCUGGGCAUGGCACCACCAAAGAGGAGAUAACCAAGGAAGCUGAGGGGCUAGAUGAGAUUGACCACGGGGAGAUGGAGCUGCGCCGAGGCCAGAUCCUCUGGUUCCGAGGCCUGAACCGAAUCCAGACUCAGAUCGACGUAAUUAACACAUUCCAGACGGGAGCCUCUCUUAAGGGAAAAAUAAAGCGACAGACCGUGGGUCAACACCUUGAUAUCAAAGUGGUCAGAGCGUUCCAUAGUUCCCUCCACGAAAGCAUUCAGAAACCCAACAAUCAAAACUCCAUCCACAACUUCAUGACCCACCCUGAGUUCGUCAUAGAUGAGGAGGGGCCACAAACACCACUUCUGGAAGAGCAAGAGAAGGAUAAUCCUGAAAUGGUUCCCAAGACUGGGACUAGGGUGCUCCUGUUGGAUGGUGAAGCGACUCCAUAUGCCAACACAAACAACAAUGCGAUGGAUUGCAGCCAAGUGCAAAUUGUUGCCUCCCACUCGGACAGUCCUCUGCACAGCCUGGAGACAUCAGUUUGAACUUCAUCCUGACCCCCGCCCCUGAUGUCCCUAUUUCCUUCUUCAUCUAUCCAGUUCAUAAGGUGAUGACGGGACUUUUCACUGUCAUGUCAGCUGUUCCCAAGUAUGUGGGGACCCUUACAUGACCAUGAAGAGGCAAGAGCACAGACCUACAAGAAUUGAAACUUAAACUUGAACUGGGGUUUGUAGCAGGACCUAGUCAAACCCCAGGUAGGUAAUGAGUGGCAGAAUCUACUCCUUGAAUGAAUGAGUCGUCAUGUUCUUAAAAAUGACAACAUCUCCCCCCCUGAACUAGCCACCUACCCCUAGUAUUCACCCCCAUGUCACCAUCUCCUGACUUCUGGCUCUUAGAUUAUGAAUUAUGCUAUUUAUAAAGUUAAUUGACGGUUCAAAGAGACAAAUGUCUUUAAACAAAAUAUGUUGAGGAAGGAAUCAAAGUAUAGACCCAGCCUAUCAUGAUUGUUUUUGAAAUGAUUUUCCCAUCUGAAAAGGUCUACCUAAAGCACUCUAGGUUUUUCUGGCCAUCCAGUCAAACCUCCCUGAGGUUCUUUGGGUCAUUCGUGACCAUUAGCUUCCUUAUCGUGCAUCUUUUUCUAAGUUGUGAUGACUAAGAAACUAGAGACGACCUUCAACUUUAACCAUUCUCCUUUCUGGCUGCAGUGGAACCCUUGAUUUUGUCCUCGUGGCAAUAGACUUCUUUGCUACAAGGGUCCUUUUGAAACAACUGAGCUGGUUAAAGGGGGAAAAAAUGUGUUCCUGUUGUUCCCAGCUUACUUUCUACUUCUAAAUUGCUAUCUUGUCAGAUGUGUGUGAUUCCUAAGUGCUGGGGUGAUCAGCCUUCACCAUAAAGCUUGCCUCUGGGUGUAAUGUAGUUUUUACUGUAAGCUUGAGCUUCCUCCUUUUUCCUAAAGUGACUUGAGAAUGACCCUUCCUCCUAACUGAACAUGGAUGUUGAGAACCAGAAGCUGCCAGGUCUAGGGCAAAACAGACCAUCAAAGCCAAACUCAUUGGCCCUCCUGGGGAUGACCACUACUGUUUUCAAAGCCAUCUUUGGGCAUCAUCUCCCAGGGCAGGAGCUGAUUGUCAUGGGAGUGACUACUGAAGCCUUGGAGGACACCUGAGGGCCCUACUACAAGAUCUGAGGACACGGCACCCUGAGAAACCAGAAACCUUGAGUGCAGGUGCCCAGGAACCAGCUUUGACAGUCCCCUGCACUUUCUAAUUCCAUCCAUUGCCACAUACCCUAACUCAUCUAAUCUCUGGAAAGGGUUCAACCUUUCUCAAAUACUCAGACUCUGAAAAUAUGUGUCCCAUGUUGGGGGCUCCAGAGGCAUUUUACUAAUGUAAAGGAGCAAAAGACUUGCCUGCAAAGCUCUCCUCUUCCUUCUCUUCCCCCUCUCGAGACCCUCUCCCUUCUGUCCCUGACCACUGCCCAAAGUCACCCCUUCCCACCUGCCUCUCAGGAGUUGGGGGCUUUGCUAGGAGAUGUUUUCUAAGUGCUUCUUAAUGGGACAAGGUGGAGCCAUGCUUGCAAGGGCUCCAUUUUCCUUUCUGCUGAUGUUAACUUAAGCUCUUCUGUGCAGAGUCUAACUCAUGUCUGCCAGUCAUGAAUGGAGUCUGCCCUCCUCUUUCUAGAGUGAUUGGAGAAGGGGGAAUGGGCUUCGGCUCUUCUGGACUGCCAAAUUUCCACUGGUGAGAGAAGUUUACCUGGGCCUGUCCUUGCUAGCCUUUUCCUCUGGCACCUUCCUCUCUCACCCCUUCUAGCCGAGCAGUCCUAGGGAAGAGAAAUUUAAAAAAAACAAACAACAACAACAAAAA